UAUACACCCGCCGCAACAUAUACACAUAUGUAUUGAAGAGAAGUGUAAGGGGGCGUUCAUCCAGUGUUCAUAUAAUCGCCUAAUCUUUUAAGAUUUAGUAUUGUAUUUAUACUAUUGGUCGUUGGAUAUUGUCAUAUGUAAUUUUGUAUAUUUUGAUUAUGGAGAGCAAAUUACUUAAUUCUCCAGCUGACAAGCCACCUCCUUAUUCUCCUGCAACUGCGCCAACGGAAAACUUUUCAUGGCAACCACCUCCUGGAUAUUAUCCGAGUACGCUAGCCACUCCUUAUCAAGGUAGCAAUGUACCAUCCUAUGGAGCUACUCAAACCAUUCAACCUAGUACGACAAUCGUAGUACCAGAAGUAAUUCUCGUUGGAGGUUGUCCAGCAUGUAGAGUAGGUGUUAUGGAAGACGAUUAUACAUGCUUGGGUCUGUUAUGCGCUAUUUUAUUCUUUCCGCUUGGAAUAAUUUGUUGUCUUUUAUUGAAGACACGUCGUUGUUCUAAUUGCGGUGCAUACUUUGGUUAACAUUAUUGAUGCUCUCAAAAUCUAUGUUAUUGUUUCAAUAUUGUUGAAAAGAUAAAGUUUAUUAUAAUUUGUAAGAAAUAUCUAAGAUAAGGUCUAUCGCUGUGAAUAUUUGCGACUUCUAAAGAUUCCUGCUGUUAAUAUUUUUAAGGGAAAGAAAAGGAAAUAACAACAGUUUUUUUUUGAAAGAAUGAGAUAUGAUAACAUUAUAUGCGCUUUUGCAUUCCAAGAAACAAUUUUAUAUAAUACAAUGAGAGCUGUGCUAAUAUUAAAUAAUCUAAUAGAAAAAUCCUAUUUUUAGCUACGUAAAAAAGAAAACUGAAAGUAUACAUUUUAUAUGAAUUAGGAUUAUCAUCUGUUCGUACGCAAACUUGUUGUUUUUAGUAGAUCAGGUAAAUCAUAUAAUUUGGUGUUAAGGCCUUGAAUCUCCAAAAUUUUUGUUUGCUGAGUGAUAGACAUUCGUUCUUAUAUAUAUAUAGAAUUUAAUCUUAUGCAAGUAUUCCAUGCUAUUUUAUUGUUACGCAUAUAAAUAUGUAGUUUUAUUAAGUGCUCUUUUGAAAAAAACAAAUCUGUAUUAAUAAUAAUAAUAAAAUUUAUUAAAUAAUAUUAAUAUAGAUAUAUAUAGUAAAAUAUAAGAGUCGAUAACUUGGAACGUAGUAAAUAAAAUUGUUAUAUUUUCUAACAGACUUGUGAUAAAAUAAAGAAAGUAUAGUGGUUGAUCAAUCAACGAACAUAAUCCAUUCCAAGACGAUAUUCGCUGUAUGAAUUGUUUGUUAAAAGUAAUACAAAUUCUACAAAUCUUACAUACAGUGUAUCUUUUCAUGUUUAUUGUUCGAACAUAAGAAUCUUUAGCAAAAGUGUACACUGUCUGAACUUUUAACCGAUCACCCACUGUAGAAGAGUUUAACUGAUAUAAUUUUAAAAUGUAUUACGCGUGAACGUAAAAGAUAAUUGAUUUAAUAGAUUAUUUUAUUAUAGAUAAAUCUUAUUUUUUUGCAUUUUCUUUUUUAAAAAUGUAUUUUUGAUAAAAAUAGAAUUUUAGAGCCAGGUAUUUGUUGCUUAUUAACUCAUUUACAUCCAAGCGUGAAUAUAUCCACGAACUGCGACUGUCUGUUAUCACUAAACGUGGAUUAUUUCGCAUAAGAAACAUUAGUUUUUCUAUCUGUGAGAAUUUGAUCGGUGAUAUGGGUCAGUCGACAGUUGAACGUCGCUAAUGUUUGGACAAGAAAACUAAAGUAGACACAUAAUGCAAAUGGGUUAAUAGAUGGAGUAAAAGGUGGUAUAGAAAAAAAAAUGAAAAAAACUAAAUAGUAUUUAAAAAUUACUCUCGUGCGUCAUUCGAACGAGUGUUAAGGCCUUUCCUUAUCGUAAAUCUUGUAUUUACCAAUCGUUGAUAUAUGGGGAAAUUCCCUUGAGUAUCGAAAAGGAGGAUGAGCAGAUAAAACAUUUAAGGGAUUUCCAAUAAUAAUUGUUCGUAUAUAGGAAUUUAAUGAGCUUGAAAAAAGGAAACUAGAUUAAUAAAUAAUAAACAAUACGAAAAUAUUAUACGUUUUAUAUAAUAAAUUUUAUACAAGGAAAA